GAUGAUCAGUGUAGCCCCAGCAGUGCCACCUGUCAGAGUCCAUCAAUUCCAGCUGUCAGUGCUCAACAAUGCCACCUGCCAGUGCCCAUCAGUGCCACAUCAAUGCCACAUAUCAGUGCCUACCAGCGGACAUCAAUUCCACAUAUCAGUGCCCAUCUGAGCUGUCUUUCAGUGCCACCUAUCAAUGCCAGUCAGUGCCACCUAUCAGUGCUGCCAAUCAGUGCCACCUAUCAGUGCCCGUCAGUGCCGCCUAACAGUGCCAUCAGUGCCACCUAUCAGUACCCAUCAGUGCUGCCUAUCAGUGCCGCCUAACAGUGCCAGUCAGUGCCGCCUAUCAGUGCCAGUCAGUGCCGCCUAUCAGUGCCGCCUAUCAGUGCAAUAUAUGAGUGCUGCCUUUCAGUGCCCAUCAGUGAUGCCUGUCAAUGCCCAUCAGUGCCACCUACCAGUGCCUCCUCAUCAGUG